AUGGAUCAUUAUCGAUUACGCAGUGUUCUUCUUAAGCUGGACAAUCGUUUGAGCAGUGAGGAUCGACAACGGUUUCAUUUCUUUCUGGGAGACGAUGUCCCUCGGCGAGUUCGGGAUGAUGCAACAUUACAUGGUACACUCGCUGUUAUUGAUUGCCUCUUUGAUCAAGAUAAAAUCAACGAAAGAGAUUUUACUUAUCUGAUAGAUGCAUUUGAGGAAAUCGAAUGCUUUAAUGCUGCUCAUCUACUACGAGAGUAUCAACAAGAAUUACAAUUGCAAGGUCUAAACCAAUCAGCUCGAAGUUUAGGAUCAAUUCUAUUACCGAAAACACGUCAAAUCUUACCUGAUCUUUUGGAUGAUCAAGAAAGAGACAACGCAAUAGAAGAAACGGAUGAGAUCACUUUGAAUAAAUUCAUUUGUGAAACAGCAAGUUGGAAUAGUGAUCAAGAGGUUAAUGCUACUCCAUCAUAUAAAACUAAAAACUGCCGGCCAAGUUCACUUCCAUGGACAUAUAUUUUCGUGUCAUUAUUUAUGUUUACAUCAUUGAUUGCAGUCGGUACAUUGACAAGUAUCUUAAUUUGGAAGAUUAACCAAAUCUCGCUGUAUGAAGAAAAACUCAACACUCUUUACAAUCAGAAUCAAUUUACUUCGAAAAAAUUAGGCAAGACGUUUGGUGGAAAUCAUGGCGGUUCUUUUGAUGACUCCUUAACGGAUAAAUUUACCUUUUAUCAUUAUCUUAAUGGAAUGCAAGGAACACAACAUGGCGAGGUGUUGAGUUACAUUCGAUUUUCUUAUUCAUCCUUACAAAAUGAGAACCAUACGAUUGUGAGUCCACUUCACGGUUUCAAUGAUUUUUCAAAACAGUCGCAAAUCUUUAUGCUCACGAAAGAUGAAAGAAUUAUCGCAGUUCACGUUUAUGUAAAUAAACAUACGGAGGUUGUUAACGAUCCUUCCAACGAUCUGAAUAUAAUUACUGGGCUGCAAUUUUUCACCACAUCGGGAAGGUCGAGUCCGAUAUUUGGAGAAGCUUUCGGAGAAAGGUUCGUUGAAGAAUUCAAUGGCGCUGCAUUAGGCUAUGCAACUGGCAAAUAUGGGCCAUCUUUAAAUCAGUUGCAGUUUGUUUGGUACCAAGCGUAG